AUGCCUCAAACACCAUGGCUCAAAAAGACGAAGGAUCCAUUUGAAAGCCCAAAUAUGAGCAAAUCUUUUGACAAUUCUGUCUUGAAAGAGACCCAAGUUACACCUGUUCCUGCAGCCAGGAGUAAGACGGCUCAUGGGAUAUUCGAACAACUUAGAAAAAAUCACGCUGUUGUUCAAGAAUUUGAAGUUUUAGAUGGUAUAGUAGUUGAUGGAGUUGAUAUGGAAGAUCAAUCUACCAGUUCUCUGAAACUGAACGAUCGGUCGCUGAAGCAAAACGACACAUUCGAUUCUACACUGUCUCAUGACACCCCAAGGCAUCGUAUUCCGUUUGAUGCAACACAAAAGGAUAUUUUACCUUCUUCAGACACACUUGCAGUUUCUGAGAAGGAUAUAGUUCCAAUCUUGGAUACGCAAUCAAGCACUCAAAAAGAUUCACAUUCCAAUUGGGAGUCUCAAGAGAAAUUGGGACCAAUGUUAAAGGACACGCAAGUAAUUGAUACAUCUAAUAUGCCAACGUCUACUCAAGCGGAUGAUGGGCAUAAGUAUAUGACAAAGGAAUAUCUACUGGGAGGAGCUUCUCAAUUGGCCCCAACUCAGGUUAUCGAGAAGAGCACUCAAAACAUUCAUGGCACGCCUAAUCAAAAAUUUAUACAGGUCCCUGGUACUGCUGAACGUGAAAUAGCAUCCACAAAUGCCUCUCGAUUUUCCAGGCGUCAUGAACUCACUGAUCCCGAGAACUCACAAAUAAUCGAGUCAUCCUUCAGUAAUAUCAAGUCUCAAAAUGGUGACGAAGAGGAGAAUGAUGAGGCAUCUGCUUUUCCAAACAAUUUGUUAUUUGAUACCUUGGAAAGACUUACUCCAAAAAGAAAUAAAAGUGGUUCCGGGAGUACUUCCUUUUCUCCUGGAAAACAGAAUGUGUCCACGCCGAAAGAGAAAGAGUUCCUUUCUUCAGAAGUCACCGAAGAAUUAACAGACAUUGAAGAUGAACGAGCGCUUAAUUUUAAACAUGCCCGACACCUCAAGGCCCAGCAGACACCAUCAAGCUUUGAUAAGAUGGAAGAGCAGAACAAGCACAUUGGUUCCAAUUACCUUUCUCCCCGUAAACCCAAUUAUUCUCAAAAUGCAGAUUUCAUGUUCUCUCAACAAUCUUUCAAAGGGUCUCCUACUCGUAGAAACUUGUUUGAUGCGAAUGAAGUCGAAGAAGAGAUUCACAGUGACUAUGAAAAACACCAGACCCUAGAUACUAAUUCUCGUACUUCUUCGCUUUCGGAUCUAAUAGAGAAUCAUGAUGUUAUUUUCGACAGUUUUCAAAGUCCGCAAUCGAAAGACCUAAGAGUUUCAAAUAAAUUUGAUAUAGAAUUGGGUCAGAAAGAAGUUAUUCACCGAAAGGAGAAACACGAGGACUAUAUCUUAUCCCAGACUGACAUCGCAAACAAAGCUGCAGUUUGGGUGAGAAUUGGGUCUAAAAUUAUUCCUGGGAAUAUAGUUGAUUUUGCUGGCACAUCAGUUGAUGUUUCAGAUGGUGUGGAUGUCUUCCGGAUUAGGGAAAUGAACGUACUUGGCAUCUUGGAUAUCAAAAUCGGAGACGUCAUUAAGUGGAAAAGUCUGAAGCGUAGAACAUGCAUUGUCACGGGAUUAGCGUUUAAGGGAAGCAUUGCAUCGGAUAACACUGAUAUUCAAUGUGCUCGUGGAUUCAAUACAGUAUAUCUUAAGGAACAUAAGAAGGGAGUGGAUCUUGAAAAGGAUGAAGAAAAGAAAGUUAACUUGAAUGAAAUUUACUUGUCAGGUACUCUUUUUCGUUGCCCUACUAGGUCGAAACUAUUUAAUGACACAGACUUCUUCAAAGAUUAUUUAUGCCAGGUAAAGGAAUCACUCGGCCUAACUUCGAAAUAUUUAAAUAAUGACCAUGGUGUGUUUUCCGGUUGUUUAUUUGCGAUCACAGGCACCACAGAUAAAAAAGGUAAAGAGAUUUUGGAUUUGAAGGCUGAAAUCGAUUCAAAUGGCGGAAAAAUUUUGGAGAAUGGGUUUAGACCCUUUCUUCUAGACUCGAGGACCCAAUUUAUUGACAGCGAACAUAAUUUACAAUUGACACCAAAGGACAGUUUAGACUCUUUUUCUUUUGCUGCCAUAAUUUCAAACGGAGUUGUAAGAACACCAAAAUAUUUGGAAGCGUUGGCGUUGGGUUGGCCUGUAUUAGGGCAUGAAUUUAUUGGUGAUUGCUUAAAGGAUUCCAAAACUUUUUCUAGGUGGAAAGCAUAUCUUUUGCCUGCAGGAAAGACCAAACUGGUAUCAGGGUUGAAGAGUAUAGAGAUUUCCCGCUUUAUAAACAACUUUGAGGCUGGAAAAAGCUUAGUCUCCCAGUUGCGGGCAAAUAAUUACAAAAUGAACGGCAUGAGACUCUUAGUCAUCCAGGAUGGUGACCAGGUGAAAGCCGGUGUGGUUGAAUUUCUAGCUUAUUGUUUUGGUGUUAAAUCGUUGGACAAACCUGCCAACUACGAGGAAGCUUUGAGCAUCAUAGAAAAAUACCACCCCUCUAAUGGAAGGGAAGAUAAAUGUGAAUGUGCCUUGUAUGACGACAAGACCAUCAAGGAGAUAACUGGAGCACUCAAUUUGGCAUACGAUAAAAUUGACAAUCAAACCCCUAACGAUCAAACAGAAGAGCUUGCUUCCGGGGCGACCACAAAGAAGAGGGGGAUUGACUCGCAAGAUUUGAUUACCACCCGACGACGACGGACAGUUAAGAAAAUCAAUUAUAAUGAAGACAGUGACGAUGAACCAGAAAUAAAAUCAAAAAGGUCAAAAAGCGUUUCGAAGCUUCAAGCAAGAAACUUGCCCGAAUCUAAAAGGACUAGGAUUCAGCUUCUUAAUUGGGAAUGGAUGACCGAAGUGAUUGUAUCUGGAGAAGUAUGGCCCCCCAGUGGGAACUAUAAUUGA